CCUCCAGCUCAUCACACAGCUCCAACCCAAUCCAAAUCCAAGCAAAAUGUUCGCCAAGAUUGUGCUCGCUGCUCUCUGCGUGGCCACCGCCCAGGCUGGUCUUCUGCCCUUCCACGCCGGCCCUGUCCCCCUGGCGGCACCAGUGGCCACUGCUGGCGUGGUGGCUCCCUAUGCCUCCAGCUUCAAUGCCCAUCGCAUCAACCACGCCGUGGCCUACCCCGUGGCUCCAGCGCCAGUGGCCUUUGCUGCUCCAGCUCCCGUGCCAGUGGCUGCUCCUGCUCCCGUGGCAUUUGCUGCUCCUGCUCCUGCCUUCGCUGCCCCG